GCCAUUUGGGAGCUCACCUUGAGCCCAGUGUUCUUGUCCAGAUGCUCGAAUAUACUUUUGGAAGUCUAACUGUAUACAAAUAUGUCAUCUCUGCGUAUCAACUACUAGCAGCUGUACCCGCCAUCGCCAUCCCGUCAAAGGCCCCCGACGACUACAAUCAGGGAUGAUACGACAUCUUACGGCCUGGCAUAAUGAUCUCCUCGGGUCGGUUCUUGGGAGGCGGUUCUGCCCCCCCACGCUCAGAGUUGUAUACUACUACUGGCGUGCUCGUUAAAGAUAAGGAUGGCAAUGAAUAUGUGACCGCCCGAGCAGCGCCGCGCCCUCGCACUUCCGGGCCGGGACGUCCCAUUCCGAGAGGGUCGUCUACAACCAUCACAGCUCGCGACCCAUCGGCCGUCGUACGUGAAUGCCCUGCUCAUCCAACGGGCUGGGGUCUUGGUUCCGGGGGGCUGUUCCACAACAACCUCUUUCGGCCAAGAUGUCUCCUCGCGGCAACGCCCACCUGCGUGACCCGCGAGGGGCGCUCAAAGUGCAAUCGCUGUACCGACAAAAGGAAGGCUUGUCACCCCGUCCCCCCGGAGUUUGUUGUCCGCCUUAACAAAUUGCUCGUCCUUUCGGACCGCGUAAAGGCGGCCAUCGCGGCCGACCCUACUUCCGCCCGGGCCGCCAACCUGGAGUCUCAAUUCCGGCAGGCGCGCCUGCGCGGACACUUUCUCCUUCGCACAACCCUCCGCCCGAUAAAACCUUCGCCAUUUCCGCCUGAUUGAACCUCUUUCCUCGUCAACAUGCCGUCCAAAGAUGGACCAACCCGGGACGAUCUUCUGCCUUGUUCCCGACAAUAAAUAUGCUACAGAGAUCGUCGGCAAUCCCGCUAACCGCGACCGAAGAUGUGUGGAUCCAGGCCGAGGUCUUGUUAUUACAGAUGCCGAAUGUCAAGGAAUAGGAGUUGAACUCGGUCGCCCAAUU